CUAAGAUAAAAAUUCGAAAUAAAACAGCAAAACUUGCCGCAAAUUUCCAUAAUCUUGUCAACAGUGGGCCCCAAAAGGAAACCCCAUUCAUAUUUCAGACUCAGAGUCAUCGAUCUGACACUGAGACACUGCGUGCUUUGUCUUCGGUCUUCCAUGUUACUUUUCUUUCUUCACCCAGCCUAAAAAGCGCAGAUCCCUAUAAUUCUUUUACAGAUUGAUAGUGCGUGUAUGUGUGUGUUUAUGCAAUGCCCUCAAAAUUUUGGUGGAUUUUCUUGAAUUCUUUUGUGGGUUUGUUUAAUUUUGCAUUUGCAGGAGACCCAUUUGUGUAUUAUGACUGGAGAAUCUCUUACAUCACAGCAUCACCGCUUGGCGUUAAACAGCAGGUGAUUGCAAUUGAUGGGCAAUUUCCGGGACCAAUUUUGGAAGCAACAACAAAUUGGAACGUUGUUGUCAAUGUAAAGAAUGAUCUUGAUGAACCCGUGCUUCUCACAUGGAAUGGAAUCCAACAUAGAAGAAACUCAUGGCAAGAUGGUGUGUUGGGGACAAAUUGUCCUAUUCCUGCUGGAUGGAAUUGGACAUACGAGUUUCAAGUUAAGGAUCAAAUUGGUAGUUUUUUCUACUUCCCUUCAACAAAUUUCCAAAGAGCUGCAGGCGGAUAUGGAGGAAUCACCAUUAACAACAGAGACGUUAUUCCUGUACCCUUCGGUGCUCCUGAUGGAGACAUUACACUUGUCAUCGGGGACUGGUUUAUAAAGAGUCAUAAGGAUCUUAGGAAAGAUAUUGAAAAAGGGGUUGAUCUUGGAUCUCCUGAUGGUAUUUUGUUCAAUGGGUUAGGUCCUUAUCGAUAUGAUAGUAGCAUCGUUCCUGAUGGAAUUGCAUACCAGGUGAUAAAUGUCGAACCAGGAAAAACAUACCGAUUUCGCGUACACAAUGUUGGCACCUCAACAAGUCUAAACUUCAGAAUCCAAAACCAUAACUUGCUUCUUGUAGAAACCGAAGGUUCAUACACAGUACAACAGAAUUAUUCAAACAUGGAUAUUCAUGUUGGCCAAUCGUAUUCUUUCUUGGUGACGAUGGAUCAAACUGCAAGUAACGAUUAUUACAUUGUAGCCAGUCCACGUUUUGUCAAUUCAACAAAAGCCUCAGGAGUUGCAAUUUUGCACUAUUCAAAUUCCCAAGCGCCCGCUUCAGGUCCUCUCCCGGAUCUCCCUAACGAAUCCGACCCGUCUUUCUCAAUGACUCAAGCACGAUCCAUAAGAAUGAAUGUUUCUGCGGGUGCGGCACGUCCGAAUCCACAAGGGUCAUUCAAGUAUGGUGAGAUUACAGUAACGGAUGUAUUUCUACUCGUGAAUAAGCCACCUGAAAUUAUAGAUGGAAAAAGGCGUACUACUCUUAAUGGUAUAUCUUUCUUUGUUCCUUCAACACCAUUGAAGCUUGCUCAACAGUAUAAUGUUCUUGGAAUCUACAAGCUUGAUUUCCCAAAUAGACCGAUGAAUCGCCCUUCAAUAAUCGAUACGUCUGUGAUUAAUGGGACAUUCAAAGGAUUUAUUGAAAUUAUACUCCAAAAUAAUGAUUCCACAGUUCAGAGCUACCAUUUGGAUGGCUAUGCGUUUUUUGUAGUCGGGAUGGAUUAUGGAGUAUGGACCGAGAACAGUAGAAGUGUUUACAACAAGUGGGAUGGGGUGGCUCGCAGUACUACUCAGGUUUUCCCAGGAGCAUGGACAGCUAUUCUGGUUUAUCUUGAUAAUGCGGGAUUAUGGAACCUAAGAGCACAAAACCUAGAUUCAUGGUACCUUGGACAAGAAGUUUAUUUGAGUGUGGUUAAUCCUGAGGUCACUGAAAACACAGAGCUUUCUUUGCCUGAAAAUACAAUCUUUUGUGGCGUAUUAUCAUCCUUGCAAAAGGAUCAGGCUCAAAGAGUUAAAUUUUCCAGUGCACCUUCAGUUCCCACAUUAAUUACACAAAUCUUUAUCGCAUUAAUCAUCACAUUUGUUGGAAUUUCUGUGAGGUGACACCAUUUAUGAGCCAUGGUUGAACAGUCCAAACAUCAUCAAGAACUCAAAUUUUGACAUAUUUGUAGGAAAAAAAAGUUAGAUCAAAUUCUUCCCAUGAAUGCUCUGCCGACUCUCUAUCUAUUAUUUCACCUGUAAUUAGAUUGUAUCAUUUCAUUUGUAAGUGAAAAGGCAUAAUUGCCCUUGUAACCCUUUUGAUGGUGGGAGUUGUACAUUGUGCAUCGGUAUAUGUACGGUGAAGUUGCUUUCUGCUUUUCUAUGUCAUGUUAACUGCACUUUGAAGUAUUUUUAAGUUUGAUGAUAAGAUGAUGGAUCAAAAAAGCAUAUUGCAAUCGUCAUAGAUCAACAGAAAAAAAGUUGGUAUCUUUUUGUAAAAGAAAAAAUGAUUUCAGAGGCCCAGGGUUCUUUAAGAGAAAAGCAACAUCAAUUUAUGGACAUCAUUGUCUUCUAGUUUAACGUGUAUAGUUUGAUAUAAAAUUUGUAUAACUCCUACAACUUGUCCCAUAUUUAUAUAAAAUAUUCC